AUGUGGAUUCUACCUCUCGUUGGGUAUCUCGGCUCCAUCGUGGGCUUUUGCUUUUUGACAUUGGCCAUAGCUUCCGGUCUUUACUACCUCUCUGAAUUAGUCGAGGAACAUACCGUCAUCGCAAAACGACUUCUAACUAAACUCAUCUACUCUAUCAUCGGACUUCAGCUCAUACUCUGGCUUAUCGAUGGAUUCCCUUUGGGGUUGAGCCUAAUGGGGAUUGUAUCGCAUGUUAUAUACCUCGGAAAUAUGCGACGCUUCCCAUUCGUCAAGUUGACGGACCCUUUGUUCAUUGCCUCGUGUGGUAUGUUAAUAUUCCUGUCUUUCCAUUCGGGGUCAGGUCGGUUAGAUCCAGGGGUCACUAACUAUGCGGCAGUGCUGGUACUGGUCAAUCAUUACUUUUGGUUCCAACAUUUCUCUGAGGCGCAGCAACGGUCAUACUCGCGCCUAUCGUCUAUGUACGACCACCCGGAUGUACCAAGUUUCACCGAGAUCGCCUCGUACUUUGGCUUGUGCGUAUGGCUCAUCCCGUUCGCCUUAUUUGUUAGUCUGUCCGCCAGCGAUAACGUUUUGCCCACAAUCGGUACCGAACAACCCUCGCGUGACGUUGAUGGAAAGAGUAAGCGACAAGGCAUGGUAAAAGUUAUUGUUGAUAACGUGCUAUCGGCUAUCGGAGAAGUUACCCGUUUAGCAGGAUGGAAGAAGCCAGAGGACCGCUUCUAA